AUGCAUGCUGACAAAGAAGAAAAGGUUGUCCAAUUACCAUUGCUCAAGAGGAGGAAGAAGAAAACAAAAGGGAGGGAGAGAAAAGAGAGGUGCAGUGAACAAAGCGCGGAGAAGAAAAUAUGGUUUUUUGCAACUGCCAAAACCCUCCUCCCACCACUUCAGCUGACAAAACAUUAUAUACACAGCAAAGCUAUACCUAGCUUAGCUAGCACACAUGCAGGUACUAGAUUCUCUAAAUAA